AUGAGAACUAGAGCUCUAAGCUAAAAUGAAUAGCCUAAACCUCAACAAAGCUAACAUUCAAUAAGUCUUCCUAGGAGCUAUGUUCCUCCUAAAAAAAUUAAAUCUAUUAAACAAAUAAUGAAAGAAAGUUAUGGAUAAAGUGGACCGUCUUCUACUUCGAGUUCAGCUAAUGCUUCUAAGUCUUCACAAAAUUCGUUAAAUAUCUAAAAAAAUAAUUAUUUGUAUAGCGACUUGAGCAAUUAAAGUUUAAAUAUGUCAAUAAAAAGAAAUGAAGGAAUGAAUAUGAAUUAAAAUUUUUCUUUUAAAUAGCAUUUUGGUCUUAACUGCAGCAGUGAUGAUAAUGCUUUUUCUUAUGGGGACAAGGAGUGUUUGCAAUUUCAAUUAAAAAAUAGAUCGCUUAGUUCAAGCAGUUAAAAUGAAAUUAGUAAGAAAGGAAAUUAAUAAGAAAAUUAUCAGCUUGACCAAGAAGAAAUGUAUUAUUAGCAAAAGCUCAUUCCUGAUAAUAUAAAUAUUGCUUAUAAUUUAUAGAAUUACAAUUAGGGCAAACAGUAAAACUAAUCUUAGACUUACAGAGUGGAAGAUAUUUUAGAUGGUGAUAAAGAAAAUGUUUUUAUAAAUAGCAAUAUUUAAAGUCAAUAAUAUUAAUAAGGAAAUGACUACUUCUAGAAAAAUAAUUAAUAAAAAAUAGCCAAUCUGCAGAGUAGCCAUUGCUCAUCAACUAACUCUUCAACUAGUAAUAAUACUAAUAGACUUCAAAAUACCUAAAAUAAAUAAAAAAUUUAAUAUAUUGCUCAAAUGAAUAAUUUCAUACACUAUAAUGACAGUGAUGACUAAGAAAAUUAAAACUGCCUAGGCUAUCCUAUAAAAAAGAAUCAUUUGAUAAUUGAAGCUUAGAAAUAGAAAGAAUUAUAAAAUUCAUAAUAAACAAAGCAAGGAUCAAAGACUAACUCUUAUUCAAAGAAAGGAAACACUUACAAGCAAAUUAAUCAGAUAAAUAAUACUAAUAAAAUUGAAAAGAAAAAGUAGAAUUAAUAAAGUCAAAAUGUCUCUUAAUCAACAUCAACAGAGAGAGUUUCAUAAAGAAUUUUAAAUUAAUCUCAGUAAAAUGAUUACAAUUCGCUUUAGAAAAUAUCAAAAUAUUUGAAUAGAUCAUUAACUGAAUUAAAUUCAAAUAGAGCAGAUAACUCUUAUCUUUUAAAUAAAAACAUUUUACAUCAAUCCCUUAACUAAAACUAAAUUGAAGAUUAUUUAAAGUAAGAUUGCCAAAAUGAAUGCAAUGCAUUAAAAUAUUCUUCUGCACCUCUUGAAGCAAAUCAAGAAAAUUUCUAUGAUACUUAAAAGUAAUUCAGUGAUAAUUACAGUAUUCAUGAUAAGGAAAUCUUAAUCAAAAUGAGAGAAAUGAUUCAUCAACUAUAAAGUAGAGAUGCUUCUCAAAGAUUAGAAAUUUCAAAAUUAAGAAAGCAAAACUAAGAAUUAAAGGAUCAAAUCAACUAGAAAAACUAGCAGUUGGUGGAAAACGAAUAUUAAAUGAACAAAGACAGUAACUACAUCUCAUAGCUAGAUACUUAACUAAAUAACUUUUAAAUGAAAUUCAAUUAAUUACAAAAGCAAUUGUAGGAUGAACAAUUUAAAUUUUAGAACAUUUUAGAAGAUAGAAAUUAAGUCAUCAAUAAUUUAGAAGAAGAAAAUAUGCAGCUUAAGACAGGCCUUCAACAGUUGAUUUAAAGUCAUCAUGAAUAAAUAUAAAAAAUAGAAAUGCAUCAGCAAUUAGAUCAUUUUGAUAAUACAAAUAUUGAAAAAUAAAAUGACAUAGAAAAACAAAGUGGACUAUCAAAUAACAUUAACAGUGAUAGCAAUAGAAGCUAAAAAAGUUACGGACAAUCGAUGAUUCAUAGUGAUGAAGAAACUGAUUUAAUUAAAUCUUAUCUCUCAGAUGGUACUUCAAUAAAACCAAAAGAAAGAACUUUACUUCUUUAAACCUAAAAUAUAAAUUUCCUAAAUACAAACGGAAACACUUUGGAAACAACGUGCAACUAUUUUCCUAAUGAGGAAGAUAUUAUUAGAGAAUAAUCUGAAGAAGAAGAAUAAUCUGAAAGAAGCCUGUAUGCCACAAAUUAAAGAAGUCCUUAAAAUCUUCAAAUAAAUAAAUCUUCACUGCAAUAAAGCAAAGAAAAAGAAAAGGAAUAAAGUUAGAGAAGUGCUACACACAAUGAAUAAAAUUUGGCUAAAAAUGUGAAUGUAAAUCUAUAAAGUUUGAUAUAAAUGUCAAAGUAAAAUAUUUCUCAGCAGUCAAAUGCUUCAAUUUAAACAUCAAACACAAGCAAUUAACAACAUUCAAAAAUCAAUUCUCACAAUAGUUCUCAUACAAAUACAAUUCAAAACUCUUUGAACACAUCAUUAAGCUUAAAAGACUAAUUCAAUAAAAAGAACAGCUUUUUAUCAAAUCUUAAUACGUCAAUUCAAUAGUAAAAUAGCAGACUUUUAAGUAUUUAAAGUCCAAGUGGCUAAUUGAUGCCCCUUGAUUCUUCUAUACUGUAUAAGCAAAACUAGAACUAUGUUGAUAAGAUUGCAACUGCAGCUGGUUUAACUCCAUCUUAAAUCUUUUGUGAUAGUAAUAAAGUUGUAACAAGCACAACAUAAAUGAAUGUCUCUUUUUCCUCCCCAUCUUCUUCUGUUUCAUCUGUCAAUACUAACCAAUUUAGAAAGUACCCAGCUUUAAUAAACUAGUCUCAAUUUAAUUAAUAAAGCAACUAAGGAAUAUUAACAGAAAAUAAAAAUUAAAUGAAUCUUUAAAAUAAUUAGGAAAAUAAUUUCCAAAUAAAUAAUAUCAAACAAGAAUAAACAAAUAAAUCAUUUAACCAAAAUAACAAUUAAAAAAACCAAUAGCAUAUUAAUUUCUAAAACUAUUUUUCAUAGAAUUAAGAUAAAAUUAUCUAGAGUAAUAUGAAUAAUAUGUACCCACCUAAUAAUAAUUUUGACCCAAACCAACUUUUAAGGAAAUAAAAUAUCUUUGUCCACAGUAGCUAAAUUCAGAAUAAAAGCAAUGUUUUCCACCCAGAAAAUAAAGAAAAUAUAAUUUAUAAUUAAAAUAAUAUCCAAAUAAACUCUUAGUAAUAGCCAAACAAAAUGCAACAAUAAUAAACCAACCAGAGCAAUCUAACUGAAUAGGAUUAGCAUAUGACAAACAAUGAUUAAUAAACAACUAAAAACUAUCAUUCAUCUUCAAGCAAUAAUAAAGAUGCAAUUGAUAUAGAUCCUUACUAAUUUAUUACUGAAGAGAUGACCAACAAUAUAAGCUCAGAUUGUAGAUAUAAUGAUUUUAGCAAUUGCGAUAAAUCCAUAUAAAACGAAGUUUCCCUUUCUUACAAAAAUACAACGGACUAAGAUGAACUUUCCUAAGAACUAUCAAAAAACUCAAAUGACAUAUAUAAUGUUUAAGGAGAGCUCACAGAAGAGUAAACUCAAGAAAUUCUAAAGCUGCUCAAGUAAAAACUAGAGAGAGAAUAUUAAUUUGAUGACGAUAUUCUUGACUAAAUUAAAAACCAGUGA